AUGUCUCCUUCGGCGACGAGUAACGGGCAUACCGCGCCCAUCAAGGCGGACACAACCAAGAACCGUGCGGUGAUCAUCUCAGGGAUGAAUGAUAUCACCGUACAGGACUGGCCUCUGAAGCUGGAUUCGUUUCGAGAUAGUCCCGAAUACGUGCCCGGUUCGCCUCUACCGAGUGGUAAAGCCCUGGUUCGCAUUCGCGCUGGCGGGAUCUGUGGUUCGGACAUACACUUCUGGAAAGAGGGUCGAGCAGGGCCCGACAUCAUCACGGAGCCUUUCAUCAUCGGGCAUGAAGCUGCUGGGGAAGUGAUUCAGGUCGCCGAUGAUGUCCAGGGGUGGGCACCAGGUGAUCGCGCCGCAAUCAAACCUUGCCUUCCCUGUCUCGCUUGCGAUGAAUGCACGACCGGUUACUCCAACCUCUGUAGCGCGAUAGAGUAUUACGGCGUUCCGGGACCUGGCCGGCAGGAUGGAUUGCUCACGAACUACAAGAUUGUCCCGGUAUCCGCACUGGCUCGCCUGACGCCCCAGAUCUCAUGGGUCGAGGCCGGUGCAAUACAGCCCUUUGCCAUCGCUAUCCAAAUGACGCGGCAAGCUGGGCUGAAGGCGAAUCAAACUGUGUUGGUUCUCGGGGGCGGGUGUAUCGGGCUGCUGCUGGGAAAGAUUGCUAAAGCAUACGCGGCAAAGAAAGUAGUUGUCUUUGAGAUACAACCUCACCGGGCAGAAUUCGCAAAGACGUACUGCGCCGAUCAAGCUUUCGUCAACCCGCCACGCCACUCCAAUGAGACGACAGAAGAAUACUCCAGCAGGGUUGCGAAGCACAUCCUAAGCUCUGUAGAUGGACUCCACCGUGGUUUCGAUGUUGUGGUGGAAGCUACAGGUGCCGAAGAGUGCAUGCAGAUCGGAAUGCAAGUCUGUCGACCUGCAGGGACAUACGUCCAAGUCGGACUGCACAGCGGUCAAAUGCCCAGACUGCCGAUCAUGGAUAUUUGUUCCAAACAGCUCAACGUGCGAGGAACCUGGAGAUAUACGACCAACUGCUUCGAAGACGCCAUUUCGCUGAUUGACCGAGGCCUCGUCGAAACGAAAUCUCUGAUUAGCCACGUUUUCCCUUUUGAGGAGAGUCUGGCAGCGUUUGAGACCGUGCACGAGGUCAAGGCGAAGGAUGGCAGGCAUGUCUUUAAAGUGGUCAUCUCAGACGAGCAGCUGUAG